CUUAUACUCGUUCUCUCUCUGUUCCUAUUCAGCCACGGUCCCAUUCCCAUUCCCAUUCCCCCCGGUCCGAGUGGAGUGGAUGACUUAUAUAAGAACAAACUGAAAAUAACUUACAACAACAGAGAUACUACUACUACUACUACUCGAACUAAUGAUCCUCCACGAGAGAUCGUCUACAUAGACAUCUCUACUCCCUGACAAUAAAUCUGGUAGCGCCGUUUCUGCUCUGCCGCGCGCCCCGCCCCUGCCAAGUGCAAAUCGCCCAACCAUCUCUCGCCCGUUCUUUCGUUCCCCUGACCUCCUACUCCUCCUCCUUUUCCUUUCUCUCUCUCUCUCUUUCUCUCUUUCUCUCUUUUUCUCUCUUCCUUUCACUAUCGCUCUUCUUCAUUGUCUGGUCUGUUGUUAUUGCUGUUUUAUUUGUCUUCGUCUUUUGUCCCAUUUUCCUCCAAUUAUUUUCGGUGGUCGCUGUCCCACGAAUUCUUUUCUCCGACGUUGUAGGUCGCUGGGCGAUCUCCGUUUUUAACUGCCUUCCCGUCCCGCCCGCUAUCGUACUAUACGCCCUUCAUGUUGCUGUCGGCGACACGACAAAUAUCGAGACCUAUUUACCGGUGCCCUGGGGCCUAUCUGUUCUCGUGAGUGCCAUACGUUUUUGGCCCGUGUCGCUAUCGGUUGACCUGCGAAACCCUUCUUCACCGCUCCCCAACCUCCCUCCAACCUCCCCAGCCCAACCAUGUGGCUGUGGCGAGGCGCUCAAUCGGCGGUCUUCUACUAUGCCACCUGUACACCAUGUGCCGAGAAAGUCGAUCGUCGAAAACGCAUGAAAGAAGCCGAAGCCGCUCGAUCCCGUCGCGAAAAGGAGAAGAAUGAAGAGAUCAUCGCCGACCAACCUCGGCCGUUCCCCCAACCCACCGCCUUCAGUACCAACCCCGGAUGGGCGGAGGAAAUUGCGUUAGGUCCUGGACCCCCCGCAAGAAGAGGUGGCAACCGGUCUGCGCAUCGUCGGACGGAUAGUUGGAAUACGGAUGGACUCUCGGCGAACUCCGGUCAGGAUGUACGUGCGUCGCAAAAGAAGGACAAAAGCAGCUUGAUGCAACCGAUUGAGGAACGGUGGAACCGCAUGCGAUAUCAGCGCGAAGACGAGCCGUUAUGGGGUGAAGAAGUGGAGGUGAAGGGCUCUUCGGUUGGAUUAUCAGGUAGCGGGAAAUCGAAUGGCCCCGAACCCAGCAAAUACUAUAUUGCACGGGUUCCUCCAGUCAACGAUCUUCAUCCGCCUAUCGUCAGUGGACCCAAGUCUAGGGCUGAGACGCGAUGGAUGCUGCAACCUGUACCUAGCGCUAGGGUAAUGGCCGGAAAAGAUCGCUUCCCUACCCAGAAGAGCAGUGCCAGCGACCCCUCUUUGACCCGCGAAAAAAGUACCAACAAAACCUCCGAUCGAACCCCACUACCUCCCUUAUCUACUCAACAUGUUGAAAAGAAACCCGCCAGAGUCCGUCCUCCUUUCGCCCACCUUGAUGAUGAUGACGACGAUGACGACGAUGAUCCUCGAUCUCUGAAGACGCCGGAACCCAAGGAUAGCCGCGAAUACAGACCACCCUCUUCCCUUACGUACGGGCGUGAUGAGUCUAAUUUUGUCAUAGCUUCGUCUCUACGGUCACGAUCAGAUUCGUCUUCGUUAGCUUCGAUUGACUCCGAUGACAUAGAAUCCCCAAGAGUUUCGAUACAAUCCCCGCAGACACCGAUAUCCCGACCGAUGUCCAAGGAAGCCGAUGACGGUAGCAAACUAUUCCGGCCGCAUGUGUCGAAGACAUUAUCGAACCUGCAUCGGGAGGACAAGAAAGUUCAAUUAUUACAUUUAGAGAUUUCCGAUCCCCACGAGGAAGUCGGAUUAGGUGAUCUUGAGCAAAUACGACCGUGGCGCUGGAGCAUGGACAUCUAGCUGCAGUAUUCGAUUCCUUGAGUAACUUUCUAGCCUCGAUUCUGUUUCUUCCUCGAAUUCUGAUUCGAGACAUUCCGAUACACCUUGAUACCUGGUUUUUUCUCGGCGUUGGCAGCAGACAAAAGCGAUCGUUCCGUUCCUUAUCAUCCCAUCGAUUCUCUAUGCAUUGGAGCAACCAGUUACCCCACGGAAGUCCGUUGUUAUGUGCAUGGCAGGACCACCAGAAACGAACGAGAUUAUUGAAGACUUUCUGUGACUGUUCUCACCCGUUGUCUCCAUAACAUACAGUACCUAUACAUACAUACCAUCCCUGCAGAAUUUCAUCCAUCCUUUCAUUACCAGCGCAGAUUACACUCCCUAAUUUGCAUUUUCUUUUUACCGUUGUCUGAUUUGUUCUUUGACCUUUGUUCUCAAAUAUGCAUUGCCCUGAAGUCCCAUUCUCAUGUCCAUGUACAAUACCUUUUAAUAUCAAUUACUGCAUGUUUCUUUCAUUGCGCGCGUUGUCCAUGAUUGAAGUUUUUUUUUCCUGGUGUUUAUUGGUCAUUAUAUACGAUAUGCCGAUAAAUAAUACAUCUUGCAAUACUGAACUGUA